GUGGGCGUGCGAGCCCUCCGCAUCUGGAGCCGGACCAUUGCAACUUCCUUCCUCCGAGGGUCUGCUGUCUGUUUUGGUCCUGCCUGGUUGGUGAGGAUCGUGGAUCCGGAUCAUCCGCUGCAGGCAGCUGCCCAGGCCUCGACAGUAUUCCCUGGGGGAAAGGCUCCAGCUUUGGAGGUUGCUGAGGAGGCUCCCUCCUCCGGACUUCGUGCUCCGGCUAGAGUCCCCAAACCGGUUCAGCUUUCUCCCGGAAGGCAUGACAAACUGCUUCGGGUUCGGCGGCUGAGUGGUCCAGCGGCUGCGUCUGGAAGCUAUAAGUAAAUCCACCACAGAGGAACAGGGGAGCAAGAGAAGCUUGCGGGUGGCGGGUGACCCGACCUGGCUCAGAGUUAGGACAGCAGGAAGGAUCUGGGUGUGUAAUUCUCUGCUGAUCAGGCUGGGGCUAGGCGAUGCCAAAGAGGCGCCGCCUCCCUACUGUGAGCAGCGGUUGAGGUGCAGCCCAGGGUCCUCAGAGAGAGCGCGGAACCACGCGCACCCGAGGCCCACUCGGUUGCUGGGCGCGGGGAUCUGGGCUGCGCCCUCGCUUUCGCGCUACUUAAAGCCGUGCGCGGAACUCCACGCCUCGCUGGUUUCCUGAGCUGUUCCUCCAGCUUGUCCUCGGCAGGGGUGCACAACCGAGGGAUCCAGUCCCCCACCCCCAACAUCUACACGUGGCCGAGCCGUGGGUGGCAGCGACCGUGUUGCGGGCGGCACUGUGAUGAUCCCGGGCGGGUGGGGGACCAGGGCGGCGCGCUGCGCUGGUUCCACCCAGGAGAGCCCAAGGCACGUGGGGCGUGGCCAGGCUGGCGCAGAGACUCAGCGCCCUCCCCGCGCCGCAGCCAAGUUGAGAGAAAAGUUUGAGACCGGAGGGGAACGAUCCCUGGGAAUCGGUGCCAACCCUGCGCUUCAGUUGUCCCUCAGUCGCGAGGUUGAGCCCAGAGGAGCUGCUUUCCGCCACAGGCCGCUAGAGGGACCGACUGGGUAGGGCUGUCCUCCACACCCCUGCCCUCCCGUAGUUGGCGGUGCCUUCGUGGGCCCGCCAGGGAGACCGCCACACGUCUGUGCCUUCAGUGCACACUUGUGCUGGGGCAGCGCAGAAGGCAGCCGUGGGUCCAUCCAGCACGGGCUGGAUCCUGCGGGACCUGGGCACUGUUCUCACGAGCGCAGCGAGCACCCCUUUUGGAGACUCGGAGACCCAGCGGCUUCGGAGUUCAGGCGGGGGACGCGGCGACUGGGCCAGAGUGAGCGCCUCGCAAUGCCAGUUCUGGGAAUUUUUGCAACGGGACUCUCCACCAACCCCAAGGGGUGAAGAGCUGGCCUGACGAAGGGAGCCACGGGUCACUGACUCAUUCGUCGGGCCGGAAUCCAGAGUCCCCCGGAACGGAACGUUCGUGGGGUGGGAGAUCCGUUUGGAAAGCUUGAUUCUGGACGCAUGAAGCUCUGUGAUUCCUUAGCAUGCAGCUCCCUCUGCGAGGUCUAGGAGCUCUGGCUGGGCACCCUGCCCCACAUGCAUAGAGCCCAGGCAGCGACCCCCACCAACACUGUCUCCUCCUGUCCCUCAGAUCUGGCCGCCUCGGGGAAUGACGGGGCCGCUCUCACAGCCCAGGGAGGUGGAGAGGGCGAGCCCCACAGCCAGUCGCCAGACAUCCUCCUGGGUAACACCGAUAAGGAGCUGAAUACAGGAGUCGCCGUCACCCCUAGCAGCGCCGGGACAGCGCUGGUGGCCCCUUGUCAGCGGGAGCCCCGGGACCUGGCUAUGGAACCAGCAGGCUGCCCUAGGGGAUUGCUCCCGCGGCCCUGCAGAGUGCUGGUGCUGCUGAACCCCCGGAGCGGCAGGGGCAAGGCUCUGCAGCUCUUCCAGAGAUUUGUGCAACCCCUCCUGGAGGAGGCUGAAGUAUCCUUCAAACUUACGCUCACCGAACGGCAGAACCAUGCCAGGGAGCUGGUGUGUGCGGAGGAACUGAGCCACUGGGAUGCCCUGGUGGUCAUGUCCGGUGAUGGUCUCAUGCACGAGGUGGUGAAUGGGCUGAUGUCACGGCCUGACUGGGAGAUUGCCAUCCGGAAGCCCCUGUGUUGCCUCCCCGGAGGGUCCGGCAACGCGCUGGCGGCUUCCUUGAACUACUAUGCUGGGUACGAGCAGGUAACUAGCGAAGCCCUCCUGACCAACUGCACGCUGCUCUUAUGCCGCCGACACCUGUCACCCAUGAAUCUGUUGUCACUACACACGGCUUCCGGACUGCAGCUCUAUUCUGUGCUCAGCCUGUCCUGGGGCUUCGUUGCUGAUGUGGACCUGGAGAGUGAGAAGUACAGGCGCUUGGGGGAGAUCCGUUUCACAAUGGGGACCAUCUUUCGCCUAGCAACCCUGCGAAUCUACCAGGGCCAACUGGCCUACCUUCCUGUAGGAAAUGCUGCCUCGGAGAUGCCUGCUUCUCCGGCACAGGCGCACAAGGGCCCUGUGGACACAUACCUUGUUCCCCUGGAGGAGCCGGUGCCUUCUCACUGGACAGUGGUGCCGGAACAGGAUUUCGUUCUGGUGCUGGUACUGCUACAUACCCACCUGAGCACCGAAAUGUUCGCGGCACCCAUGGGCCGUUGUGAGGCUGGCGUUAUGCAUCUGUUCUACGUGCGUGCGGGGGUGUCAAGGGCCACGCUGCUGCGCCUCUUCCUGGCCAUGCAGAAGGGCAAGCAUAUGGACUGUAACUGCCCAUACUUGGUGCACGUGCCUGUGGUUGCCUUCCGCCUGGAGCCCAAGAACCAGAGGGGCAUGUUUUCCGUGGAUGGGGAGUCGAUGACAUGCGAAGCCGUGCAGGGCCAAGUGCACCCAAACUAUUUUUGGAUGGUUUGUGGCAGCAGAGAUGCCCCGUCCAGCUGGGAGCCUCAGCCAAGGCCAUCUCCAGAAAAGCCACUGUGAUUCCCUGGCUCUCCGUGCCUUUGUCUAUGUCUACACUGAGAUGGGACCCUCUCCUGCAUCCAUGCCCUCAUAUGGAAGGCUAUCUAAAGCUCACGUGGAGGUGGUAGGGACCCUGUAGGGAAGUAGGAAGGUGGGGCUGUAAGAAAGGCUCUGCCCCCUAAAUGCUAGAAGGCCAAUCUGGGCGGGCACCCUCUGGCUGGGCAGUUGCAUCUAGAAGGCACUCACCAUUGUGUUUGGGGCCCUUCUGAGAAUCAAAUCCAAAUAAAGUGACUUCCAAUCUGC